GCGGGCAGAGGGCGGGGCAGUCGCGCUCGGCCCCGCUCGGCCUUUCCCGGGCGUGUUUGGCGACACUCGGACGCGUUCAGGCUGGUGCGUCGCUCGGGUCGAAGCUCGGGCCCGCUCGGUCUGCUGUCCCGCGUUCGGGCCCGUUCGGCCGCGCGCUCGGGCCCGCGCCGGUGCGGUGCUUCCUCCGCGCCGCUGCACGGGGUCCCGCUGUCUGUGGCGGCUGCGCACGCUGGCACAAUGACUGACUUUGUAAAGAAUCUGCAUGAAGACAUGGUUUCUCAGCUGCACGAGUAUGCUGCUGCUGGAGAUGCAGCCAAGCUGAAGGCACUGCUCAGGCGCUCCCCGUCGCUGGUCAAUGCUGCCGCAGGGAAUGGCUGGACAGCCCUCAUGUACGGUGCUAGAAAUGGACACCUCGAGGUUGUGCAGGUUCUUCUUCAAGAAGGGUGUGACAGAUCCAUCAUCAAUAAAUCAAGGCAGACAGCUCUGGACAUUGCUAAGUUUUGGGGGUACAGGCACAUAGCUAAUUUUUUGGCUAAUGUGAAAGGUGAUCAGAAGCCUAGUUUUUUGUCAAAUGAUGUGAAAGAAUAUGAAAAUUAUUUUGGCAUGACACUUUUGGACAGAAGGAGUGAUAAAAGAACAGAUUCCAAGUGGCUAAGUAAAAAACAAAGCCAUCCAAGUACAGUAUACAUCCUCUUCUCAAAUCUAAGCCCCCUGGUUACUUUGGGUGGGGGAAGAGAGAGAUCACAGCAACCAGAAGUAAAGCUUUGCAGGCUGUACCACAAUGCUGUGGAGCAGUGCAUGAACCAAACUGAAGAAUGUACCCUAAUUUUUCUUGGAGUUGAACUUCAGUUUAACAUGAGCUUGAUGGCUGCUUGCAAUGGAAGAGUUAUGCAAGACGAUGAAGAAGACGGGUUAGUUGCUUGGUUUGCCCUUAGUGUCAAUUCUGCUUCUGCUGAAAAAUUUAAACGGAAGCUUGAGGACUGUUACUUUCUUCACCCACCAAUGCCAGCACUACUGCAGUUACCUGAAAAAGAAGCUGGAGUAGUAGCCCAGGCGAGAUCUGUUCUAGCAUGGCACAACCGCUACCGAUUCUGCCCAACAUGUGGGAGUGCAACCAAGAUUGAAGAUGGGGGUUACAAGAAAAUUUGCUUAAAAGAGGAUUGUCCCAGUCUCCAAGGAGUUCACAACACAUCAUAUCCAAGAGUUGAUCCCGUUGUGAUAAUGCAAGUCAUCCAUCCAGAUGGGAGCCACUGCCUUUUAGGGAGGCAGAAGAGAUUUCCCCCAGGAAUGUUUACCUGCCUUGCUGGAUUUGUAGAACCUGGUGAAACCAUAGAAGAUGCUGUUCGAAGAGAAGUAGAGGAGGAGGCUGGAGUCAAAGUUGGCCGUGUUCAGUAUGUCUCUUGUCAGCCAUGGCCAAUGCCCUCCUCCCUAAUGAUUGGCUGCUUAGCUGUUGCAGUGUCCACAGAAAUUAAAGUUGACAAGAGUGAAAUAGAGGAUGCCCGCUGGUUCACUAGAGAACAGGUCAUAGAAGUUUUCAUUAAAGGAAACAAGUGCUCUUUCUUCGUACCACCAAGUCAAGCGAUUGCACAUCAGUUGAUAAAACACUGGAUUGGAAUGAACGCCAAUCUUUAAUUCAAAUAAUCAGUUUCUUUGAGUUGCUUCUUCUAUUGAAUGCUAAAUUAGGAAUAAAUUAGAACUGUUUAUCUAGUGAAUGGGCAACCAUGUUAUUUUCCGAUCCUUUACUUUGGUUCCAGAGCUAAACUAUGCAAACCUUGUAGGUGUUUUCAGGCCUCAGUUAAAUUUGGACAAAACUCAGUAAUUAUCCCAAGCAAGCAAGGAAGCAAGCAAGCAGCAAGUAAAUAGAAUUGAUACUUUGCUGUGCGCAGGCGGGGUUUUUGUUCUAAAAUCACAUUUAUGUUCUAAAAUAAAAUUAUGCCUUUUGCUGCUAUGCUUUUAAUGUUUGAUUUGGUCCUUCUCCCAAGGAAGGAGUCACAACAUUACAGAGAGAGCUGUCUGACCUUGCCUGCCAUUUGAAUUCUCUACUUACAUCCUGCUAUUUGGCCUUAAGUAUUUCUUUCUCAGUUUUGCCUAUCUCCAUCCUUUAAAUUCUACCUGUCACAGAAAUCUGCUGAAAGUCUUACCAGCUGUGGUUAUUUUUAACUUAAUAGCAUAUAUAAAUUGGGAAUAUGUAUCUUUUAUAGUAGUAAUUUAAUUUAUGUUAGUGCUCUAAGCAGAGCGUUUACUCAUCCAUUCUGACUUGCCUUGCACUUACUCAAUUGUAUGUCACGCUGAAUUUAAAGGUAUGACACAGUACUUUAUUUGUGAAAAAGGUGUUGGAAGAACCAUCCUGAAAGCGUAAGUAUUAGGGCAUUUGUAAGAUUAAAGUGUACUUGUUAACUCACGAGGCAGUGAGUUUUUCAUUCUCUGGUGAUUAGAAAUGAAAUUACAGAGUAAUGGAGGAGGAAGAACAAGACGUAUCAUCUCAAAAUAUUCAGAAGUUCUUCUGGAAAUAGAGAUUCUGUUACUGCUAUUGAGAAACUUACUGUUGAAAGAAGUAUAUUAGCUGCGGCUGUAAGAAUGGGAAAGCAAUAUGUUAAUUGAAAUAUUUAGUUAUGUGUAUUUGAUUCUACAUUUCAGAUUUGUGCCCUUAUUUAUCAUGUUAUUUAAGAUGUUAAUAUUUUAAAAAUAAAAGUACACUGUUUUAUUACAGAUUUCAUUAUUAAAUAGUUCGUAGUCAGUCAUUCUGCAGUCAUUGCAGUGAUAUCAAAAGAAAUGCAAAUGACCCAAGGAAAAUGCAAUUGUAAUGAUAAAUAUAAACUUGCUAUUAUUUGAUGAUAUGUUAAUUUGGAGUAAUUUAAAUUUUUUUAACAGUGAAUGAUGUAAUAUUUUUUCAACAACUCUUAGAAAAUUGGAAUCAGUAAAGCUGUUCUACAAAUCCUUAUUGUUCUUUUUUCCCCAUCUACAUCACACUAUGCUCAGCAGUGUUGGUGGUUUUUUGAUAAGGCAAUGCCUAAGACACUUUAAAGCCAGAAGCAAUCCUGACAUACUUGGAGUGUUUGACAUAGUAUGUUGCUUCAUUCUCUCCCUUGUUUCAGCCAUACCUACAAAUACAGACAACCAGGUUAUCUCUUGAGUUGUCGGGAAAGGAAAAGGAAGCAAUACACUGCUUCCCUUAAAAAUUGCUUUUACAGAGAGGGGGAGUUGUGGAAGGCUGUUGUGGACCACACUUCCCAGCAGGGCUGCAUGUUAUCAGUGGCAUUAUCCUCUUCUAGAAAAUUGUCAGAUGGAAGGCUGGUUGCGGGUUGCUUGGAUAAGUAAAGAAGAACAUUGGGAAGUAUGCAAACACUGGUGGAAGCUAAGCAAUGAAAAGAAGUUUUAACUACUGUGGUAGUUGAAUUAUGAGCUAUGAAUAAUGACCAGGUGGAAGAGGGAUGAGAAAGCAUAGAACAAAUACAGAAAGCACAAAAAUGACAGUUUAUCACUUUGGGGUAGCUAAAUGUUGGAGAUUUAGUCUAAGAUGCACUGGAAUACUAGUUUUUUGUGUAGAAAAUUAUUGUCAGUUGCUAUGAAGAUGGACUUGUAAAAGUGACACUCCAAACACAGUGCCCAUAACCAAUAUUGAUAAUAAUAAUCUGCCCAYUUUUUUUAUUUGAGAGUCCCUAUAAGAGCAGAUACCUGCAGUUACAAGGCAAGUAAAUUGAAACUUCACUUUCCUUCACUUUUUUCCUGUGUGAAAAAAAAAAAACAGAAAAAGAAUCAUAUGACAAAGGAAACCAGAGUCUCUGAUUUUUAGAGUAAUGUUUUAAUGAUCUUUCAAGUCUAAUAACUUCCAGUGUGUCAACUAUUUUUGGUCUUUAUACAUUUUCAAAAUCUAAGCCUGGCUUUUGAAAAAGCUUUUGAAGCUUUUAUUUCCUUUUUCCUUCACCAAAAGAUUAAACAUUUUCAGGGAAGAAGAAAAAUCUCUCUUGUUUAAGAUAACUACUUCGAUAAAUUCAAUCUGUUUAAAGGAAAAAUUUUCCUGGCAUUUUAUUGCCUAAUUUGCCCUGUUACUAGGUGAAGACUUGAGUUUAAUUUGAAAAUACCUGUACAUUUUCUGAAGGACAGUUGCUGUUCUCUGUUUAUGUAUGAAAUGUCAAAUUGUAGAGCCAAAUGCUGUGGUUAUCUGGCAACUACAGCUACUUAAGAAAGUGCCAAAAUAAAUUUAGCAGCAAUUGAACAGAGUGUAGUCUUUCUUUCUAGAGCAGGGUC